UUCACCUUUGUAAAAAGAUAGAUAAGCAAUACAAAACAUUGGCCGUAUACGUGAACGAUGAAAAUCUCUGUGUUGGGUGCUACCGGUCCGUCAGGGUUACAGACAGUGUUAGAAGCCCUGGAGAGGGGGUACAGUGUCGUGGCCCUGGUGAGAAACCCCGAUAAACUGACCGUCAAGGACGACAAACUACAGGUAUGUAAGGUGGAUAUCUUUAAGGAGGAUGAGCUGGCCCCUCACAUUAAGGGCUCGGAUGCUGUCGUGUCAUGCCUGGGAGGAUCUGCCUCCUUGUUUGGUUGGACUAAAUGUACCCUCUACACAGACUCCGCCAAAAGUAUAGUCGGGGCGAUGAGGAAGUCGGGGGUCAAGCGUCUGAUAGCGAUGUCCGCCUGGGGUAGUGCAGUGACAGAUGGCGAGCCGUUCAUUAUAAGAUGGAUACUAAGGCCGCUGUUUAUCGGAAACUUACUGACGAAUCUCGGAGAAAUGGAGGAUUAUCUGAACAAAGAAUGUCCAGAUAUCGACUACACUUCUGUUAGACCACCAGGGCUUAGUAACCAACCCAGUACAGGACGAACCGUACGAGCUGAAAACGGCCGUCAAUUUCUGGAGAACAGUGAAACACAAAUCUCCCGACGUGAUGUGGCCAAAUAUCUACUGGAUAUUAUCAACGACUCCUCAGUGUACAAAGCUUGUGUCGCUAUUGGGUAUGACAAGAAAAAGUGAUAGCAGUUUCCAUUGACUGACCAUAGAACCUCAAUUUCCUACGUGUGCCUUGUACAUGAAUAUACCUGUCAUUCAUAUAACACAUACUUGGAAAGCAUCUUUUGUUGAAUAAGACAUUGGUCUACCAACGCUCAUCAAAAUUAUAAUUGCUUAUCUGGUUUAGGUCAAAGGUUACGUAAAGGUCAUAUACCUGUAGUUAAUAUGAUAAAAAAAUACAUGUAUAGUAAACAAAUACGGAACUGUAUUUUUGAGGAUUAAAAUUGAGUGAGAUUGAAUUAUCCCUCCAAAAAUGGAUCUCUUAUUGGAAUAGAAUCCUGGAAAUGGAGUCAUUUUUCAAGCAGUGGACUUUAAAGGAAAUGUAAACCUAAGAUAGAUUAAAUACAUGUACUCGUAUGUACUACACAACGAUCUUUGACGAGAAAAAUUUGGAUUUUAAGAGUGUUCGGCAACAUUUUGAACUCACAUAAUUUUUUUUAAGUCUUUCAUAAAGUAUGCAGUUUGAUAUUAUUAAAUUAUAUCUU